AUGACUCUCGAUAUCUGCGUGAAGGUUGCCGUCGGUGCUCCUGAUGUUCUCGGCGACUGUCCGUUUAGCCAACGGGUUCUUCUGACCCUCGAGGAGAAGAAGCUUCCCUACAAGAUCCAUCUCAUUAACGUCACCGACAAACCACAAUGGUUCUUGGAUAUUAGUCCGGAAGGAAAAGUUCCGGUGAUGAAACUCGACGGAAAAUGGGUUGCUGAUUCAGAUGCAAUCGUCGGAAUCCUGGAAGACAAAUAUCCAGAGCCAUCUCUCAAGACUCCUCCUGAGUUUGCCUCUGUGGGAUCCAAAAUCUUUGGUGCCUUUGUGACGUUCUUACUAAGCAAAGACGCCAACGAUGGAUCCGAGAAGGCUUUGGUUAACGAGUUAGAGGCAUUUGAUAGUUACCUUAAGACACAUUCUGGUCCUUUUGUAGGUGGAGAGAAACCCACUGCGGUUGAUCUUAGUUUAGCACCAAAGCUUUACCAUCUUGAGAUUGUUCUUGCUCAUUACAAGAACUGGUCCGUUCCCGAGAGCUUGACCAAUUUGCGUAACUACGCCAACGCUUUGUUCUCUAGAGAGUCGUUCGUGAAAACCAAAGCUGAGCACAAGUUUGUGGUCGCUGGUUGGGCAUCUAAAGUUAACGAGUGA